AGACUUGCUCUGUUGGUAGCAAGUUAGCAAACGCUAGCGGUGUGAGCGGUGAUAGCGGACUUGGCUGCCAGUUUUUUAAGACUUACCGAGAUAAUUUUCUCUGUGUUUAUCGACUUUCACGUCAUCCCAGUUGAACUGGUCCUGACCUCCUCUGACCCCUCCGGAUCUCGAUGAACCAAACAUUUUUUGUCGGUUGCUUUGAUGACUUUAGAGAAGAAGCGGUCUACCGUUAGCUCAACCAGCUGACUUUAGCCACAUUAGCACAAGAGCAGCACGAUUGCAAAUACUCAGAGGAGAGGAGGCAGAAAAUCCGGAGCCUGACCCAAAAUCUUGGACUAAAGUAACUCCCGAUGUACAUGAGAUAUUUUUCCAGGCUAUUUUCAGCUAUGGCUGGACCCAGGCCUGUGGUGUUUAGCGGCCCGUCCGGGGCAGGGAAGAGCACUCUGCUGAAGAAGCUCAUGAAAGAAUACGAUGGUGUCUUUGGCUUCAGCGUCUCCCAUACAACAAGAAAUCCUCGACCUGGAGAAGAGAAUGGCAAAGAUUACCAUUAUGUCACACGGGAGGUGAUGCAGACAGCGAUUGACAACGGCGACUUCAUUGAGAAUGCCGAGUUUUCGGGGAACAUGUACGGGACGAGUAAAGCUGCCGUGCAAGCUGUCCAGGCCAAGAACCUCAUCUGCAUACUUGACAUUGACAUGCAGGGUGUGAGAAACAUCAAAAGGACAGACCUCAAUCCCAUCUACAUAUCUAUCCAGCCGCCAUCCAUGGCAGUCCUGGAAAAACGUUUGCGAGACAGAAAAACCGAGUCAGAGGAGAGCCUCCGGAAGCGUUUACAUGCAGCUCAGAUGGAAAUGGAGUUUAGUAAAGAACCCGGAAAUCAGUAUGGUCAAGAAAGUCAACAUGUCUUCGUAGGAGACCAAAGCCUGAUACCUUCAAGUCUCUUCCAGCCACUCCUCACAAUACCACAGACCUUUAUUCCAGUCGUGAACAUUCCCUCAGAUGGUGGAUUGUGAAGCUCAGCAAAUAUCCUUAAUGGAUACACAAACAUGUUUUGGUUUUAUAUGGUGUAUAGUGGUAGUUAUUAACAAAAUACUACCACACUGUAAAGUAUAACCCUUUUUUUUUUUUUACUGAUAAGAAGCGCUUUCCAUAUUUUUAUUUUCACUUUAGGCUACUCCAAUAGUGCUCACUUGAUAUGUAAAUGGAAUGAUAUGCAGGAUGUUCUGUUAGCAGGGUUUACUGAACACAUAUAUAUAAUGCUUGCAGCUUUGUCCGCGCACCAACCAGGACUAACACAAAUAGGGCGAAACAUAACUCAUUUUAUCAUGUGGAUAAACCUGUCUUUCAUGGGUGUGGCAGCGAAUUAUGCUGUUCUUUGUGCCACCAGUCAUAUUGUGUUGAUUGGGAAAUAUAUUUACAGAGAUAGAUAGUUCAUGGGGGAACCCCAUCUAAAACUUACAAUACAACUGAUUUCUGGAGAAAAAAACUUUGCGACUGUUUAAUUGCAAGGGGUACAAGCAACUUAAUUUCACUGUUGAAAUAAUAAAACUGUUUCAGUGUUGGUAAAUGUUUUCUUUGGCAGAUUUUGUGUAAAUUGCCACAUGACUCCAUUAUAGUUUGGUUUGCUGGAUAACCAUUUUUACUGUUGUGCUCUAAAAGGAUCGCAUUUGGUAGAAAAUGUUACAUAACAAAAACAAUAGCACAUCUAAUGUCAUAGAAUAUAGCUUUUAUUUUGGGGGGUCUAUAACAGAAUAAUUUUUCUUACAAUUGUAAAUUUAUGAAAACUUUUAUAUUGUGUAACUGUUAUUUUGCAGCUUCCCCUGUACAGUGAAAUGGCAUUCCAUGUACUGUUUUGACUUAAGGAUUGGUUUUUAAAUUUGAGAAAAAUCUAA